AACUCUCUAGCUAGCUACAUUAGUAGAUACGUCAUUUCCUGUAAAAAUGCAUAGUAAAUGUUGUAAACAGUUCUGGUAAAUAGCUAACGUUAGCAAAGAUUUACAUUUCUUAUGCGAUAAAUUAAACUAGAGUAAUAUUCGUAGCUACUGACCCACUAAACAAUAGCAAACAUAAAAGUAAUUGGUGUUUUGCAACGCUGAAAUUAUCUAACUGCCUUUGUGUUUUGUUUGGCUGAACUGUAGUAUCACGAUGAUUUAACCUAACGUUAACUACGUUAAUUUAACAAAGGGUCUAGAAGCAGUUAAUGCAAAUUGAACCUUCCUUGUCAAAUGCUGUUUAGUUUAAGAGCAACUGGAAGGUCCGAAAGUGACUGAGAGUAGUUGAAAAGUAACCAUUUUUACACUCGCGAUUUAUUGUGACAGCAGACCGCAUAUACUUAUCCUGUAUGUGACAGCAAAAAUUCUAUCACCUUUUCACAUUUUUCAGUUUUACGUGUUCUUGAUAAACUGUGAACCCGCUACACGCGACAAAGUUUGUACACCUUUUGCUAUGAAGGUCACUGUGCGUCAGAUAUCUACUGCUUCUAAACGUGAGUGCACAUUCUACCUCAAGUUAGAGUGGACCAAAGAUCUGGGAGCUGGCUUUGUUGUUGUUCUCUGUGAUGGCAUCUCUGCAUGGAGUGGUGAAGUUUCAGAGGAGGAUGUAACCAGGGAGGCUCAGGAGAUGGAGAUGCCAAGGGAGAGGUAUGUUCAAGAACUGGAGCUGGCUCUGACAGAGGAGGGCCAGACAGCCCAGAAGUAUAGCUUCCAUCUGACUCCUGAGAAAGCUGGUGGUCCAAAGCUCCAGCUGUUUUAUGACAAAGUUGAGAGUGACAUCUCGUUCAAGCUUGGUGUGGUGGAACUGCUGCCAGUACCAGAGCCCACUAAGGUCAUCAGAGAGCUCAUUAGUUAUGGCCUGGAGCGCAGCACACAUGUGCAGGUGGAGAACCACCACCUUCAUGAGGAGAACCAGAGACUCAAGAGUGAACAGGAGCACAUCACUUCAGAGCUGGAAAGGUACGUUCGGCAAAAGGAGACGCUGGAAAAGGACCUGUACAGUCGCUUUGUGUUGGUCCUCAAUGAGAAGAAGGCCAAAAUUCGCACCUUCCAGGAGACAAUUAAACAACUACAAGACACUAUAGAGGCAGAAAAGCAGAGAUUGAACAGUGAAGCAGUCGGCUGUGUAGAGUAUCGGUUUGCAGGUGAUGAACCUGAAGAAGAGAAUUACUACGGAAGCACUACAGAUGAGGAAGGGCCAGGGGAUCCAAAACUACCUCCUGCUAAACUGCACAAUAAAGAACUGUUGGCAAAAAACCCAUUGGAUGACAGGCUGAAUGACAUGACGGAUGUAGCACCCAGCCGUAAACGUCGUUGUCGUCAUCUCCAGCAGCUGAAGUCUCAGACCAAGAAAGCAGCUCUGGAGCAGCAUAAGAGCUCAAGGAAUGAGCUGCAUCAGGAAGCCAAAGCAGAGGUGAGCCAACUUCCAGCUGUUCAGCAUGCACAAGUCAGUCCAGAUCCUGAUGACCUGUUUGAUGACAUCUAACAAGCUUUUUAUUUUUUUAUACCAUAUUUAACUGUCAGUUUUUACCAUACAUUUGUACAGUGAAGAGUAACUUUUAAUCUUACAAAAUGAAAUUAUAGCCUAAGUAAUAAACAGCCACAUUUUUAGUCCUUUAUGUGUAAUGUGAAAGCUGAAAUAAAGAGCUGCUUGUA